CUAGUGAACCUUUGAAUGCCACUAUAACCAAUGUACCUUCGACUAGCACUUCUGAAAUUCGAACAGAUGCUACAGAGAAAAAGCAAACUGAUACUGGACAGAAUGAUGAGGAGCUUAUAGUUUCACUAGGAUUGGUAGAAGGUGACUCUCGUGUUAGACAAGGGUGUCAAUUGAAGCAAAUUACUAUGCAAUAUCAGGUGACAAGUCAAAUCAUUAUUGAGAAUGAUGUUUCUGAAAAUAAUAAUGAUAAAAUGACUCCAGAUGCAUCAAACCAUUCUGCCAAU